AUGUUUACAGCGGCAUCACGACACCUCCCAUCCAACAUCCUUCAGCGCUUCCCCAAGCUCGAUCACGCCCAGGCUGGCCACAUCCGGCAUUUCCACAACCUCGCAAACCAACUGGACGGAGAAUGGCGCCACAUGGGCUCCUUGGACCCCGGCCAGGAGAACUUCCAGGCCUACCGGUACCAGCUCGCAACCAUGGCCUACGCAGCAGGCGUCGCCCACUACCACCGCCUCCCAGCCCUGCGCUCCAUCUUUCGCACGCUGUUUGAGCAGCUCAUCCACAAGAUGUUGAGGCGAGACGUGUGGGGGUACUGGUACCUGACGUCCCAGUCGGGCAAGCUCAUGGACCCCGACCUCACAGAGCUGCGCAGGCCGUGGCCGGACCCCGUGUGCAGAGAGAACAUCAUGUACUCGGGCCACCUGCUCCUCAUGGUCAGCCUGCACGCGAUGCUGUUCGACUCGGACAAGUACGAGGCCGCCGGCGCGCUCACGUUCGACUGGAACCCCAUGCUCUGGGGCCUGGGCAGCGAGACGUUCCCGUACCACCGCAGCUCGCUGCAGAGGGCCAUCCUGGACGAGAUGGAGCGCAGCGGCUGGAUGGGCGUGUGCUGCGAGCCCAACGUCGUCUUCAUCAUCUGCAACCAGUUCCCCCUCAUCGCCAUGCGCUACAACGACGUGCGGGACGGGACGGACGUCGUGCGCGGCGUGCUGGACAAGUACAAGGCGGCGUGGCGGGACAAGAACGGCGGCUUCACGCGCCCUGGCCCGGUGGGCGGUGAUGAUCUUGUCUGCUUCUGGCGGGUGCGGCAGGAUGCGGUUGUGCCCAACGUGUGGGGGGUCUCUACGAACGCUUGGGCCUGUGCGUUUAUGAACUCUUGGAACUCGGACUUCGUGCACGAGGUCUUCCCGAGACUGGUCAGAGGGUACCUGACAAGGCAUCCUGACGGGAGAGUUGGCCUGAAUAACAGCUCGGUGGCGAAGGAGAUUCGGGCUCAUCAUACCCCAAAGGACGGUGGAGAGGAAGCAGAGGCCUCAGCUGGUCUGACCAACACGCCACAAACCCUCGCAGAAGCAUCUGGCAAGACCCAGAAAGGCCCGUCCGAGCACAAGAUCCAGACGCCCAUGGGCAUUCUCGCGGAAGCGACAGACUUUGGCUUCACGAUGCAGUGGGUUUCAGAGCUGGCUCCUUUUCCGUCAUCUUCCAACGAAACCGACAUCGUGGCAGGGCUGCUGAAACAUGCAGACACAUAUAUGAAUCCUUCCUGGGAGAACGGAGGGCUAUUUUACCCGCGCAAGGACGGCGCCGUCCAGGACGAAGACGGCAACUGGGUCGGCGUGGAUCCGUACACUGGGAACGCAGCCAUUGCCUACGGCCGUCUGAACGUGAGGGACGGGCAGAAGAAGAUGUGGGAGGAGCCCUGGGCUAAAGACGGCCACCACGCGCACUAUCCUGUUGUUGAAGGCGUCGACCUCUCUGCUGGGGUGGACUUUCUCCGAGGCAGGUGGGAUGAGGAGGUCGGGGCCCUGGCGGUCACGAUGAGGACUUGGGAUGGUACGAAAACAGAAGUUGCCCUUCACGUACAAAACCUAUCAUCUGGUCUUUAUGGGGUGUAUGAGUCUGGCGAGCUUGUGGAGGUCAAGCCGGUAGAGACAGGAGAUGCAAUUUCCUUGGUGGUAAAAGUCGGAGGCGAUGAGGUCGACGUGGUACUUCUCAGGCAGGACUGA